AUGGGAGAACACCAGAAAGCACUUUCAUCUCAUGAGAAAGCAUUUGAAAUCUAUCAAAAGUGUCUUCCUUCAAAUCAUCCUUCAUUGGCUACUUCAUUCGAUAACAUCGGUAGUGUAUAUGAAAACAUGGGAGAGUACUCGAAAGCACUUUCAUCUCUCGAAAAGGCACUUGAAAUUCGAGAAAAAAGUCUUCCUUCAAAUCAUCCUUCAUUGGCUACUUCAUAUAACAACAUCAGUAUGGUGCAUGAAAACAUAGGAGAGUACUCGAAAGCACUUUCAUCUCUCGAAAAGGCACUUGAAAUCUAUGAAAAAACUCUUCCUUCAAAUCAUUCUCAUUUAGCGGAGUCAUACAACAAUAUCGGUACUGUGUAUUACCAGAUGGGAGAGUAUUCAAAAGCACUUUCAUAUUACGAAAAAGCCCUUGGAAUUUGUCAAAAAAGUCUUCCUCCAAAUCAUCCUCUGGUGGCUACGUCAUUCAGUAACGUUGGUAGUGUGUAUGACAACAUGGGAGAAGACUCGAGAGCACUUUCAUCUCACGAAAAAGCACUCGAAAUUCGAGAAAAAUCUCUUCCUUCAAACCAUCCUGAUUUGACUACUUCAUACAACAACAUCGGUUUGGUGUAUAGAAAUAUGAAAGACUAUUUAAAAGCACUGUCUUAUUUAGAACGUGCUUUGGAUAUAUUCCAACAUACAUUACCUCCAACUCAUCCUAAUAUAAAAAGUGUGAAAAAGAAUAUUGAAACCGUAAAAGAAGAUAUGACAAUGAAUGUUUGA